AUGGAGCUGCUGCAGGCCCUCUGCUGUACGCUGCUCCUGCUUCUGGCCCGGAUGCAAGUUCUGCUCGCCGUCAGCUGGGAGGAUUGGUGGACAUACGAUGGCAUCUCAGGUCCUGCCUUUUGGGGCCUCAUCAAUCCGGAGUGGUCGCUGUGCAACAAGGGUCGUCGCCAGUCGCCGGUCAAUCUGGAGCCCCAACGCCUGCUAUUUGAUCCCAACUUGAGGCCCAUGCACAUAGACAAGCACAGGAUUUCCGGACUGAUCACUAAUACGGGCCACAGCGUCAUCUUCACGGCCGGCAACGAUACGGUGGCCAACUACGACGGCAUGCAGACGCCGGUGAACAUCUCGGGCGGACCGCUGUCGUACCGCUACCGCUUCCACGAGAUCCACAUGCACUACGGCCUGAACGACCAAUUUGGAUCCGAGCACAGUGUCGAGGGCUACACGUUCCCCGCGGAGAUACAAAUAUUCGGCUACAAUUCCCAGCUGUAUGCAAAUUUCUCGGAUGCCCUCAAUCGCGCCCAGGGCAUCGUGGGCGUCUCCAUUCUGCUGCAGCUGGGAGACCUCUCGAAUGCGGAACUGCGCAUGCUCACCGAUCAGCUGGAGAGGAUUCGCUAUGGCGGCGAUGAGGCGUUCGUGAAGCGGCUCUCCAUCCGCGGACUGCUGCCGGACACGGAUCACUAUAUGACCUACGAUGGAUCCACAACGGCGCCUGCCUGCCACGAAACAGUCACCUGGGUGGUGCUGAACAAGCCCAUCUACAUCACAAAGCAACAGUUGCACGCCCUGCGUCGCCUCAUGCAGGGCAGCCCCGACCACCCGAAGGCGCCCCUGGGCAACAAUUACCGGCCGCCCCAGCCGCUCCUGCACCGGCCCAUCCGCACCAACAUUGAUUUCAAGACGACGAAGUCGAACGGCAAGGCCGCCUGCCCCACCAUGUACCGCGAGGUCUACUACAAAGCGACCAGUUGGAAACAGAACUAG